AUGGAAGGGUUAGAGAGCAUGAACAUCUGGAGGAUUGUCAACAUGCCAGCAAAUGUACACUGGGUAGAUUCAAAACUAGUCCUCAAUGUCAAAAUGGAUGCCAAUGGAACACCCUACAAAUUUAAAGCCCAAUUCUGUGCACAAGGCUUCUCACAGAGAGAAGGAGUGGACUAUAUGGAGAUAUUCACACCCAUAGUUCCCCACAAUGCUAUCUGUGCAGUGCUUGUAAUCACUGCAAAGUUUGACUGGGAGAUCAACUCUAUUGACAUAAAGCAGGUGUACCUAAAUGCAAACCUGGAACACUACAUUUACCUCAAACCUCCAAAGGAGUGA